CACCGUGCUACCUCGAGAUCUCUCUUUCUACUUGUGGUGAAGCUGAAGCGGAGACAGCAGGGAGAGAAUCGAAGCGGCAGUACUCCCCCAUCUACCCUACUCGGUGGAAGCGGUGGAAAUCUAGAGCGGAUCAAAUAGUCUCACUCCCCCCCGGAUUUCUCGUCCGUCAUUUCUUUCCCUGGAAUUAUCCGAUCGAAUCCUGAAAGUGGUUUUGUAGUUCGAUCGCUGUGUUCUGUCGUCUAGGGUUGCAAGAUCGAUCCUUUUUGCAUGCGGAGCGAUGGCUUCUCUGUACCCGGCUCACUUUAGUGCGGUUCAGGUUGGCGCGUAUUUUUUGGAGCAUUACUAUCGGAUUCUUCAGAAGCAGCCGGAACUAAUACACCAGUUCUACACGGAAGGGAGUUCCAUGGUGCGUGUCGAUGGAACUGCAACCGAGUCGGCGACUGGGAUGGUGCAAAUUCAUAAUCUUGUCAUGUGCCUGAAUUUUAAGGGGAUCGAGAUUAAGUCUGCCCACUCUUUGGAGUCUUUGAAUGGUGGAGUUUUGGUGAUGGUUUCUGGUUAUGUGCUGUUGGAGGACUAUAGUAUUAGGAGGAAAUUUGUGCAAACCUUCUUCCUUGCUCCUCAAGAGAAAGGAUACUAUAUUCUCAAUGACAUUUUUCACUUCCUUGAGGAGGAACAAAUUUAUGAGCACCCAGCAGCCCUUGUGUCUCAGACGGUCUUUGAAUCCAAGUUAAACAUGUCCAGUCCUGUUCCAGAAGCAGUUCCUGACUAUAUGUUGCGAGAUGAAAUUCAGGCUCAGGAUUUGUUGCCUCCAGUGCAUGGGGAAGAAAAUGACAUAGUUGAGAAUUAUAGCAACUUUGAAACAGCACAACUUUCAGUUUCUGAUGAAAGAUUAGACGAAUCUCCUGCUGAAGAGACUGCUUCAUAUUCAAUUGCCAUGGAGACUACAAGAGACCCACUUCCUGCUACCCCUGAGGAGCCUAUUGGGGAGCCAACUAAGCAUACAUAUGCCUCCAUUCUUCGAGCUAAAGGCCAGUCUGGUCCAUCUUUGCAUUCAGCAUCUGUAGUCAAGACAGAACAUGCUCAUCCUUUUUCCCAACAAUCACAUUCUGUUGUUGUUCCUGAGAAUUUUGGCUCUGUGGCAACUGAGGAGGCUCUGGUAGUUGAGGAUGAAGGUGAUGCUAGAUCUGUCUAUGUUGGAAAUCUUCCUUCUGUUUCAACUUCGGAACUUGAGCAAGUCUUUAAAAACUUCGGUAGAUUGAGACCAGAUGGUGUUUUUAUUAGAAGCCGAAAGGAAUCUGAUGUUUUUUAUGCUUUCAUUGAAUAUCAAGAUGCCAUUGGUGUACAGAAUGCACUUAAGGCAUCUCCAAUACAGUUGAAUGGGAGAUUGAUUCACGUUGAGGGGAGAAGACCUAACAGUGGUGUAUCACGAGGAAGAAGGGGCAGAGGCAGAGGUUACCCAUCUGAGUUCUCAAGAGCACGCCCUGGUGGUCGGACUUCUGGUCGAGGUAUCAAGCGAGAAGGCAAUGAUAAGGACCAUAUUAGUCAGGCAAGGGGAGCUGGAUAUCCUCAACGAGUUCAAGAAAGGGAUUAUUAAAUGCCCCGACACCAAAAGAAGGGACGAUGGCAAGCUUCAUUAGGUUCUUCCCAGGACAUGGGGAAUUUCCUGAUGUCUUACUCGAACAAUUUCAAGACUAGCCGUUUGUUUCUCGUAGUGUAAUUCAAUCAUUUUGUGGUGCCAGACGGCCCAUUAGAAUAGAGUAACUAGUUCAGUUUUGAACAAUGUUUGACUUGAAUUGCUGAGUAUCUGAUUACUAACACUAUCGUUUUAUUUA